AAAAUAUCCAAAUCAAAAUGUAAUCUGAAUGUUAGAGUGAAUAAGAAUCUUUCAACCAAAAUUACUAUUAGAAAUUAGGUUUUUUUAAGUGUGAUUCUUACAAUGAAUAUAAAGAAUAUGAAUACAAAGAAAAUAAUAAUGAAGAAUGUGAAAUUGAUUUUGAAUAAGCAUCAACUUACAUUGUUAACAAGAAUUAAUUUGAUUAUCAAGUAAGGAAGAAUAUUAAUGAAGACAAAUAGAGUUUAAAUAAGAAAAUAAGGAAAUAAUCAAAAAAGGAUAGGAAUUUAAAGGAUUAUAAGAAGAAUAUUUGUCGAAAUAUUUUAAGACAUGCCAUAAAAUCAAUGAAUAAUGACUAAGAUUGUUUAACUUACUUAUCAGAAUUGGUAGAUGAUAGCAAAUAAUUCAGUUUAUACUAUAACAGAAAAUUGGAACAAAUUACUGGCUUCAGAGUGUUGAGAGAUCAUUUAUUGGAAAUGAAAGAAGAUAAUUAAAUAGUAAAGAAUAGGAAAUUGGCCUUUAAGUAUUAUUUGAUAUGGUAUUUGAAAUCUAAAGCAACAGGUAUGAUUUUAAGAGGGGAAACCCACAAUCCUUAAGAAUAUUUACGAUAUAAGAAUGAAGUAUUAAUGUAUUAUAUACAUCGACCUCAUGAAUGGAUAUCGAAUUCCCCAGAGUGGGUAAAUGUAGCCACAUCAACAACUGGUUAACAGUUCCAACUUAAUACAGAAAAGUAAUGUAUUUGAGAUGUCUUGGGAUGAUUGCUAAAUUAUAGAUGCGUGGCCUUUGACCACAGAGAAUGAAGACAACUGAU